AUGCCUCAUGUUACUGUCACGCAAGAACCUAAUGGCACAGAGACCACAGGAUCCUUCCCAUGCCUCCAGCUCCAGGACUAUCACCGCCAAACCCCUCCCGAGCCACGUAUAAUACUCCCGAACGCCUGCACACGAUCCUGCCACAAACGAAUCUAUAUCGUCUCCGAAACGCGCGCAAAACAUGACACAAAACAAUACGGGCUAUCAACCUCGCCCCGCGCUCUUCCUGCACUUCGAGGCUCCCUAAUUAGCAUGGGCACAGAUGCCAAAGGUCAAUCUCCUCCCAGGCUCUCAAGCACAGUAGAAGAAUAUAUAUACGAAAAUAAAUCCACGCGCAUUACUUUGUGGAAUGGCGUCUAUGCCUUGAAACAGUCUUCCUCGGCAAUUCCUGGUGGCGGCCGAGGUGCUGGAUAUUUUGACAGAAACACCAGGGGCUAUGGACCGUUCAGUAAUGAUAUGGCCAGUAUGCCAAAAGUCAAAUUAGGUCUGCUCCUUGACGACGGUAUUGUUCAUUCGUCUCUGCCCGUUCAGGCUAUCGAUGUGGUGGAAAUCACCUUCCAAAUCUAUACUCGAGAAGUCUGGAGAACCUCUUGCGCCUUGAGUUUUCGCGGGCUAGUCCAAAAUGCCUUUGACACCGAAAAAUAUCUGACUAAAAUCACCGCGCACAAAAAGCAAUUCGAAUAG